CGACCACACAGAAGAACUCGUGACACUUGCGACUAGGAAGAUUAUCAUCUCCACUGUAAUUCUAAAUUUUGCACAAUGGUAAAGCUUACUGGACUCUCUGUCCGUGACAUACGCUUUCCAACAUCUCUGGAACUGCAUGGCUCAGAUGCUAUGGUGAGAACUUUACAAAAACCUUUAAAACAAAUCGUCUUAGAAUUUUAGAGCAACCCACGUCGUCGUAUUUUGCAUGCCCACGAAGUGGACCUACAGCCCUUCGAAUUACUUUCCGUACCUCCCCCGCCCCGGCCCUACCUCACAGCUUUUCCGAUGGCCCGGCCUAGGGGUGUAAAGGGUGGUAUCAGUGGAGAGGGUGAUAGGGAAAUUAAAACAGAGGUGAUCGCGUGACUGACACCAGUUUAAGAGAAAUAUUAGUUAUGAACAGAUAUCGCGCUUCUGAUUGGCUGAAAACGAGUGCAUUCUCAUGUAACACGAGUGCAAAGUUGUAACACGAAUGAAAAUUACAACAAGCGUCUGCACGCUUUCAAAAUCUGCCUGUCUUGACUUCCUGUUAUGUUUUUAUCAUUUACAUUAUUUACAAUUAAUAACAAUUUUCUCCUGCAGUUUGUUGUAAUAAGCACUUGGAAAUUUUUCAGAGACUUCAAAUUGCUCUUGCCCUAUGGGCUCGUGCAAUUUUGUUACCUUUGAAAAAUGUACUUGUGCUUAUUUACACCAAAUUACACUUGAAAACAUGUUAUUACCUAGACAAAUAAUUUGGCGCAUUAUGUAACCAUGUUGCAUUCCUUUGUCAAUCAUGGAAAUGACUGUACAAGAUUUGGGAAUCAUAUUAAUUUAUAUGACUGAUGCCUUUUUACAGUUUUUUUUUCUCAGCCAUUCUAAAAUCCAGUGAGUUUUUGCAGUGGUUUCUUUUUGUCUAAUUUCCUGCAACAAGGUUGAAGUACAACUACCUUUUACUUGUAUAGAUUACAGUUUUCUAGUUAGACUGUGGCAAGACCUGUAUUUUAGUGUAGUUUGAUUGUCAAAAUAUCAUCAGAAAAUAAUGUAACAACCUUGUGAAUGUUUUCCAGGGAACUUAACAAGUAUUCAGCAAAGUUAUUUAUGAAAAAGGGGUCACAAUUUUGUCUCAAUACUUAAAAAUGUGAUAUAUGAUGAGACAUACUUUACAUGUACUUUAUUAUUACAUAUUACUGUUUACAGCACAAGUCACCUGAUUACUCAGCAGUGUAUAUUGUCUUCGAAACAGAUGGACUGGAUAAUAUUGAAGGGCAUGGCCUUACCUUCACUUUGGGACGAGGCAAUGAACUAGGUAUGUGUAUUGCCUCCAUUUGACUGUUUCACUGUGCUAAUUUCUUUCUCUUCAUCAAAUGAUGUGAUAAAUUUUCAAAUUUACCUUAAGAAAAAAGAUGCUAUUGGAGGAAAUAUCAGUUAACUUUCAGAUAUCUGAGGACUUAGAUUUCUGUCUCUUUCAGUCAUCAAAAACGUUUCACAUUUUUUUUUCAUAUUUUGUAAUAUAUGUAUCAUUGAGUCAUCUCCUUCAUAGCCAUUGUUUUGUCUCAUCUCGCACGAUGCUUUUUUUUUGGGUGAGGGAUGAAAGCAGGUUGCAUGAUAAGACCAGUUGAUGGCUGUGAAGGAGACUAGCCAGGAGGUUCAAGUCACAAAAAACUGUAACUUAAGUCUUGAAAAUGCCCUUAAAAGUCCAAGGCUUCGGUUUUUCACAAUGCUGACCAACCAAAAAAAUAAUUUUUUCCCUUUCUUUUUCAAAUCACAUUUACAGUGAUUAUUACUGACCUUUUCCAUGUACACAUCCUGCAUAGUGAUUGCAGUAGAAUACAACAAACUGAUGUUCAAAAAAGGAUUAUUUAUAUGAAUAUUGAUGACAACUUCCUUUCUGACUUAAUUUUUUUCCAAAGCUUAGAUUUUUUUUUGUAGGCAAUAAGACAAGAAUUUGCAAAACCAUUGCUAUAACCAUUGGUUAUUACUGUUGCUGUAUUAUUUUUCCCUUAUUACAUUUUAUUGCAUUUACUUUUAACUGUAUGUUCUCAUCUCUGUUAUAAUUAGAUAGAAGUAAUAAAUAAAUACUUUUUUUGCAAACUGUAUUUCAAUCGUUCAUUAGUGAUGGAAGCAGUGAAAACAUAUGGCAAAAUGCUCAUUGACAGGACAACUGAUGAAAUCUUUGGUAACUUUGCCUCAGUUUGGAGAGAACUGGCUCAUGAAAGUCAGUUUAGAUGGGUAAGAAGUCAUCGCAGAGAUAAAUCAUUAUGAUAGGUAUUUAAAUAUAUUUUAAAGAGCAGACUACAGUUCUCUAAAUAUUACCUUCUUCUUCCCUUUGUUGUUCAUCACAAAAUGAUUUUUAAAUCCCACAAAUCACUAAUUUUUUGAAAACCUCUCACUGAUGUCUAAUAUUUUUGAUAUUUUUUUUGUUUUAAGCUUGGUCCAGAAAAAGGUGUGAUACAUCUUGCACUGGCUGCAGUUGUAAAUGCAUUGUGGGAUCUUUGGGCAAAGAUGGAGGGCAAGGUAAAGUAAGACAGCCAUUCACUUUGUUUAUUAAUGCAUACAAUUCACAUGUGGCCUGAACAGGUUAAACCAGUUAGUAAAAGCAUAAUGUGUGGUUGUAACAGAGUGGAAUAGGACUUGUGUGACCUAGAAUUGAGUGACAAAAUAGUUAUUUGGUUGAGGAAUUUUUGUAAGAUUUUGCAACUUUAGUCGUUGUUAUGGGAGCCCAUUUUGGUGGUCUCAUGUUAUUGUUUUCCUGAGAUUUUUGCCUCUGUCUCGUGUACUUAGAGUCAUGCAAACUGCAAAGCUCAUUUACUGAAAAUAAAUGCUGUUGGGUUUUGAGAAGAAUUCGAGAUUUGCUGUUGGUAUUUCUACCCACUGUUACAUGACCAUUCAAACUAAAGCUGCAAAGCAAUGUCUUUGGGGUACUUUCUCUUUUUCAAACUAUUGCUAAGUAUCUUUUUCAUGUGUAAUUACAAUCAAAUAUUAUUUGAUAAUAAUUUAACACUUUGCUUCAACUUCAACUUAACCACUAGUAGUGGUAUAGUCAAUUUAAUCUCAGUGAUAAGUUACAUUAUGUGAUCAUUUUUCUAUGCAGCCUCUUUGGAAACUUCUUACAGAUAUGGUGAGUCAUUUGAAGUCCUGUUAUGCAACAUGCUCUUUUAGUUCUAUGUUUCUUUAAUUGCCCCUUGUAUACUUUCCCUGUGACACCACUAUAGAAAGUUAGAGUUUGGGAUGAUGCAGUGAAGGGGCAGGAAUGAAGUGCAAGUGGUAGAAGCAGAGAGGUGGGGGUACAUGGCAGGUAUAAGGACUUGGUGCAGUGACUGGUUGGGGCUGAGGGCUGUGGAGGUGCAAGAGAGUGGUUGGAGAAAGAGAGCUACAGGGGGUGUAAUGGUGUUGUUCCAUGACUAUUAAGGGUUCAGGGUGAUGGAGGUUUAUGCUAGUUAGGGAAGGAGGGCUUUAAGAGUUCUAGUGCUGGUGUUCAGAGACUGUUAAAGAUUAGUGCAUGAAGGUGUGAUUGGAGGUCACUGGUAAAGAGGUGGGUGAGGGUGACUUUGAAGGCCUUUGGAAAGGGCUUUUUUCCUUCUCUUUGUAUAACCUCUGAAGAUUCCAAAAAAGAAGGCAUAACCAGCCAAUGAAACAGAAAACAAAAUUGACAAUGGCCAGCGAAAAGUACAACUUAACUGUACUUUAAUAGAUUUUUUCAUUUCUCUUUAUAGUCUCCAGAACAGCUUGUUUCAACAAUUGACCUAAGUUACCUGUAAGUAUUUGUGUGUUGUUUGUUUGUUAUGAGAUUUUUUAUAUACAUAUGAAAUAAAAGAUGACAAAUAAAGUGAACAUAGGAACUUAAAACACUUAUUUGUGGCAUGUCACUGUCAUCAUGAUGGUAUUUUUCUGUGUCCACAGAUCAGAUGUGUUAACAAAAGAGGAAGCCAUUGGUAAGUUAUCCUUAUAUUUAUUAAUAUUUUGGUCUUCUCUUGGAUCAGGUUAGGAAGCUUUUUAUAAGUCUCCUUACAGAGUAGAAAAAGUACUAAUGCCAAAAGGGCUCAGAUAUUCUCGUUGCACUUUGUCAAAUUUUACUAUAAGGACAUUCAUUUCAUUUUACUGCAUUUGAGAACUUCAAAGUAAAGAAAGUCGGAUCAAUAUCAGUAUCUGGGCAACUACCCACCUACCCCUCCCCUAACUCAACAGCAGUCAAUUGACAACAAGUUAAGGUUAAUGUUGGGUUAGGGGAGGGGUAGAUGGGCAGUUGCCCAGAUACUGAAAUUGAUCCAGAAAGUCAAUUUCUUGUGGGAUAAAUUUGUGCUAAAAUUAAACCACUUAUCACAAGAAUACAGCACCUUAAUCUAAUCGUUAUGGAUUAACUUUUCUAAUCAUAUAAAAAAAAAAACAAUCUUUGAGAAGCUACCUUUAUCAUUAUACUCUGUAAGAUUUAUACUCUUUCUUUGUAGCUAUUCUUCAGAAGAAUGUAAGUGGCAAAAAAGAAAGAGGUAUUUAAAGUUAAAGAUAUUUUCUGUUUUAAUUCUCAUAUUAUAAUUAAGUAUAUUGAUUCAUUGUUCUGACUAAGCUUAUAUCAUGUCAGGAUAACUGACCAGAUGGUAUAAUUAUAUACUUAGCCCUUUCACUCCUAAUUCUCCCUACUGUCUGCCAUACAAUUCUUAUGAUGUUAGGUUUGAGAAUUUUGUAUUAGAUCAACCAAUAAUCCCCUAACUUGUAUUUUUCAUCAUUCUUAUCACUUACCUACAUGAUAUUGUAUUGGUAUUGUAAGGAGAAAUUCUGUCUAGAUCACCUGUUAGAGUUAAAGUGUUAAGUACAAUUUCCAUUUGCUUUCAGAACAAGAGAUCAUUGCUAAGGGAUAUCCUUCUUACACAACAUCUGCUGGGUGGCUUGGCUACACUGACACUCAGCUACGUGAACUGUGUCAAAAAUAUCUCAAGGCUGGCUGGACAAGGUAAUUGUCAAUGCUUUCUUUUAACAAGUCAUGUUGAAACCUGUACAGAAUUGUAGUUGCAAAAAAGUGAAAAUCUAAAUAAUUCAACUGCAAGUGCCUCUGUCCGACCUUUCAUUCAGUUGAUGGUAAUAGGCUCAAUGAAUUCACAAAUUUUUUGUGUUUGACAAAGGAGAAAACAUCAAGUCUGCACUUUUGCAGAUGUAAGUUAAAUGAGUGGGUUACUUAAACACCAUUUCAUUGCCUAUUAAAAGACCAGGUUGUCUGGUUGUCCAUUGUGAUUACUAUGGUUUUGGUUAUAUGGAACUGAAUAAAAAAAGCACUCUAUAAAAAAAUUAUAGAAGUUAACUGAAUUUGUUAACUGUUAUCUUUUGCAACACGUACAGAUUCAAGAUGAAAAUUGGUUCUGAUCUUGAUGAAGACAUCAGAAGAGCAACAAUAUUCCGAGAUGAGAUUGGAUGGGAUAACUUUCUGGUAAAUAUUAGACUGCUGUGGGGUCCAUUUUUACCCCAUCCUGUUUUAAGGCAAGCAUUUAAAUAUAAAAUGGUUGUCCCUGUUAUAGGCUCUUCUUAUAUGACAUGGCUCCAAUAGCUAAUUCAACUUGGACCUGCUAGUUCUUUGCCAGAGUCAGGCACCAUGUUUUACUCUUCACUCCUUUGUAAAAGGUUGUUCAGUUAAUCCACAGUGGCAACAUGACUGUCUUCUCUGUGCUCUGUGUGUCCUGAUCAAAGUUUAACAUUUAGCUCUUAUGUUAUAAUCAAGACUAUAUUUUGUUUAAAGUGCCUAUUUAGACCAUGCUCCACCAGCUGUGAUCUCUUUACCUUACCUCUGGUUGUGAGCACAGUUCAUCUUUAAGUUCUACAUGGCCACCAAUGGACAUUCAAAGCCUUCCAGAUCUAGAACCAAAUGUUGAGUUCUAUUUUGAAAAAAAUUAGAAUGUGCUUUUAGGUUGUCUGUGAUCUUCCUUUACUUUGGAUACAACAUUACAACAUUUUGUAGGCAAUGGAUGCAAACCAGCGUUGGGAUGUUGGGGAGGCUGUUAGUUAUAUGACAAAAUUGGCAAAAUUUAAACCAGUGUGGAUUGAGGAACCUACUUCACCUGAUGAUGUUUUAGGUAAAUAAGUCAGCAUCACCUAUACACUUAUCAAUUCCUACCAGUACUCUCCCUACCUAUGUGAAGAAACUUGUUAGGCUUCACACAAGAGCCUCUUAUUUCCUGUGCAAUUCAACUAUGACCACACCGGCUUAUACUCAAUUCGGAUCAAUAUCAGUAUCUGGGCAACUGCCCACCUACCCUUCCCCUAACUCAACAAGAGUCAAUUGACAGCAAGUUAAGGUUAAUGUUGGGUUAGGGGAGGGGUAGGUGGGCAGUUGCCCAGAUACUGAUAUUGAUCCCUCUAUUCAAUAUUUCAACAUGUAUGUCCAGAAUCAGAUAAUGGGAAUUUAGGGGUGUACUAAGUACAAGCCUUGGGUGAUGCAUUGGGACACUGGGAUAAGUAGUCAGGGGUUGCAAACAAAUGAUGCUUGCUUCCUUGAGUUACAGCUGAAUUUUUUUUUCUUGGUUUCAUCAUUCAAAAUAAGAAUGAAAUAAUUCUUGUUUCACUGAUUAAAGGCUAACAGCAGUAAUUAGUUUAAAUUUAUUAUGAGGAGUUGUGCAGCUCCUUGUUGAAUUGUUGAGUGAAGUUUUUUUUACAUCGGAGAAGAGUUUAAAAGUAAGAUCACCCCAAUCACACCAGCAAAACAUGUUUAGUUGAACCCAUUAUUUUUAACUGAAUGAUUUUCCAUAGGGUUCAAGAAAUUGCUAACUUGCCUUUUCAAUGUGCUUCAUCUGAAGUGGACAAAAAUCUAUUUAAGCAGCUUCUAUGAAGAACAACAUUUUAAACUCUGUUUAACAAAACAGCUUUAAAACAUGGAUAUAUAAGCUUUGGUAUGAAUGGGGUAUAUGGGGAUCGACUGAAUUUAUUCUGAUGUUACCAUUUAUCAGGUCAUGCUGCAAUUUCCAAAGCACUGGAGCCUUAUGGCAUAGGUGUGGCCACAGGGGAACACUGUCAGAACAGAGUUAUCUUCAAGCAGUUUUUUCAAGCGAAGGGUUUCCAGUUCUGCCAGAUUGACAGCUGUCGGAUGGGUGGAUUAAAUGAAGUUUUGGCAGUUUUACUAAUGGCAGCUAAAUUUGGAGGUAAAGCAUGAGGCUUCAUGUUUAAUAACCCCUUAACCUCUAAGAGUUACAGGCUUCUUAUAUCUCUUUACAGUAUCACCCUUGAAUCAAAAGUUAAGGUCAUGAUGAUGAAGAAAAUUAUCAUCAAUUUAAGAAGUUCUGAUAGUCAGCCAAAUUCUCCUCAUCAGUAUCAUAGGAAUUAUGAAGAAACAGUGAGGAGAAUAUACUAACGUUAGGUUAUACAAUUCCAGUGAGCCACACAGACAAGUAAUACUCAGCCUUGGCUGGGUUCUUGUGUUGUGUUGAGUUCUUUGCAAAACACUGUACUCUUGGCAGACAGUCAGGAAACCUAGAACAAAAUGCUUGGGGUAACUUGAGAAACAUGGCAAAAUUCUUGAGGGACACCCUGGGUGCCUCUGAUGGACUACCAUCCCAUCCAGAGAAAGUAACAAUACUCCAACUUUCUUGAUACCAUGGAAACUGGACAGAGCUCUGGCAAUAUGAGCCACUGAGUGAAGACUUUCCAUCAGAGUUAACAGAAACUUGAAAGAAUAUGUCUAGUUUUGUCUUUAUUUAAGCAACCCCAACACCAAUUGUCCAAGCUUUAUUUCAGCUAAAUUUUAUUUGGUUAAAGAACAUUAACUAAUUAUGAAUGUACAAUAUUUAGAGGGCAAAGUUUUCAUAGAUGUGCUCAAAUGUGAAUUACAACUGAAAUGAAACUUAACCAACAUUAGGUGAAAAUUUAACUUUCAUGACUUUUUUCUUUUCAGUUCCUGUUUGUCCUCAUGGUGGUGGUGUUGGUCUGUGUGAAUACAUUCAACAUAUUUCAAUUUUUGAUUUUAUCUGUGUUUCCGCAACUUUAAAAAACAGGUAUGUAGUUUUAAAAAAGAAAGGUGUAUAAUACACUAUAAAGAUUAGCUUAUUCAAGUCGAAUCAAGAUAAUUGGCUACCAUCAAAAAUUUGGCUUAUUACUUAACCCCUUAACUCUCAAGAUCUCAUCUAUGUAGUAAUUUUCCUUACUAUCUGCCAUACAGUUCUUUUGAUAUCAGUUUAGAGAAUUUGGUAUUGGAUCAAGUUAUAAUCCCCUAAUUGAUAUUUUUCUUUAUUCUCAUUACUUGUCUCCUUGAUAUUGUACUGAUAUUGUUAAGAGAAAUUCUCUCUUGGUCACUCAUGAGAGUUAAGGGGUUAAUAGAGAAAGACAAAUGGUGGGAUCAAUGUCAGUAUCUUAGCAACUGCCCACCUACCCCUCCCUUAUCCAACAUUAACCCUAACUUGUUAUCAGUUGACUGUUGUUGGGUUAGGGGAGGGGUAGGUGGGUAGUUGCUCAGACUGACAUUAAUCUGAAUGGUGUUACCUUCAAACAAUUAUUACUAUUUCUAAGCACUAGCAUGUUUCUUACUUGAUGGUAUGAAUUCUCAUCUAUCCCUUUUCUAAUUGAUUAACCCUCCACUUCCAAUUCUCCUUACUGUCUGCCAAAUGAUUCUCAUUAUGUUAGUUUGGAGAAUUUGGUAUCGAAUCAAUUAGUAAUCCCAUAAUUGUUAUUUUUCUUUAUUCUCAUCACUUUUCUGCAUGAUACUGUAUGGAUAUAGUAAGGAGAAAUUCUUUCUUGAUCACUCACGGGAUUUAAAGAGUUAACAUCCCAUGGUGCCUGAGAAAUGUUAGAAACAUAAUUAUAUAACUGUGAUCGUGCACAUUUUAAAGACCUGUUAACCAAGUAAUCCUCACCCUCUUUAAUGGUCAACAGGGUAACAGAGUUUGCUGAUCACCUUCAUGAGCAUUUUAUUCAUCCCUGUGUUGUAGAGAGUGGAGCUUACAAAGUGCCCAUGGUAAGUUGAUUUGAGAAAGACAUUAGGGUUACUGAUCUGAUACAAUUUGCAGUUGCUGUACUUUCCUCUUUUUGUAAACAUGCUGUUUUAUUCAGUAUGUUUUGUUACAAAACGUGUGUGGUGCAAGUUAUCUUUGCAAUAGAGUUUUAGAUAUAGGUCAGACAUAUAUCUCUUCAUUGUAACUAUAUCAUAGAUGCUCACAAACUUAAAUAAUGUGGAUUGAUGUAGCAGUCAUCAACAUACUAAGGUCACAGAGGUUUUUUUCUUCUUUCCCUUACUUUCACAGAGAUUUGUUCUUUGCAUAAUAGGAAAGCUUGGAAAGUAGAAGAGAAAUUCUUAAACUGACAUGAUUCAUUUUAUUAUAUCAAAGAAUGAUCUCUUCUCUCUCAGUCUCCAGGGUAUAGUGCUGAAAUGAAGACAGAAUCUCUACAUGCCUAUGAGUUUCCCAAUGGUUCUAAAUGGAAAGAGCUUAUAAGCCAGGGGCUCUUUAAAGUUGAAUGAAAAUGUUGUAGAAUAUUAUGUCUAAAAAUAUUCUAUGGGAGGAGAAAAUUAAUUUUAUUACACAUCACUCCAAAGCAAUGAUCAUGUUAACAUUCACUCUGAUAUUUAACUUUUGAUCCUUGCAGACAUAUUUCUCCCCUCAAGUCCAAAACAUUCAUUGACCCUUUACCUCCCAGAUCAAAUUUGUCAUUCUCCUUACUGUCAACCAUACAAUUCUUAUAACGUUAGUUCAGAGAAUUUAGUAUUGGAUCAACUGAUUAUCCUCUAAUUACUAUUUUUCUUUAUUCUCUUCACUUGUCUGCUUAGUAUGGCAUUGACACUGUUAGGAGAAAUUCUCUCUUGGUCACUCAUGGGAGUUAAAGGGUUUAUGGAUAAACCCAAAACUGACAUUAAGAAUUAACCUUCUAACUCCUAAGAGUGACCAGCUUCUACAUUCACCUUACAAUAUUAUCCUUAAAUCAAACAUUAGGGUCAUGAGUAUAGAGGAAAUGAUCAUCAAAUAAAGCAGCUCUUGAUCAUUAAAUAAAUUCUCUUUGUCAGAACUUUGAGAAAUGUAUAGUGAAUAGUGUGGAGAUUAUGUAUACUGAUGUUAGGGGGUAAAGGGUUAAUAGAAGGGUUUUUAAUUUAAAAAAAUUUAAGAGCAAUGAAAUAAACAUGAUCAGUAAAUGUGAAUGUUAAUUAGCUAGAAGCAAAUUGGCAUUUGAAAAGAAAAAAUGUACAAUUAGGAACUUCAAGGGUCAGCAAAAUCCAGAACUAAUGGAAAAAUUUUUUUUUGGCCUAGUGUGGAGUAUGUAAAGAAUGAUUUUAAAUAAAGUUGCAGGCCUUAAUUAUUACAAAAUGUUAUUUAUUACUUUUGUGAUUUACUCUCUCUGUUUCAUGGACACCUGUAGAAUAUGAACUGUUAAAUUAAUUUCACUUUUUUGUUAUUAUUUGUUUUCUUUUUGCUAAUAAUGAAAGAAGAAAUGUGGUAUUGACGAUUAGUAUGAAAUGUUUAUUGAUGUAAAUUAUUUAUGUUGCAAGGAUGACAAAGUUAAUUGUGGUUUUUAAAGCAAGAGUGUUGCUUUCAUUGAAACUUUAGGGGCUCGGCAAAUGCCAACUUCAACCUUAGCACUUCUAUUAUUAAUUGACCCUUUUAAAUACGGUAACUUAGGGGAAAUGAAAUUCUUUGACACAAUUAAGUGAGACAGACAACAAUUAAAAAAG